ACCGCAUGUCGCUUGUCAGUGUGCUAGUCUUCCAUUCUUCCUCCUGGUGUGUUCUGCCCUCCUCCUCUUCCUCUUCCUCUCAUAGUUCUCUGCUGCCUGUGACUGGAACGAAUUGAAAAAAUUGCUGAAGUUGGAGACUUUUAUCUCCCUCACCAACUUCAAACAUCUGCUAUCUGAGCAGCUAACCGAUCGCUGCAGCUGUACAUAGUCUAUCGGGUGUGAAACACAACAACAGCCAAGAUGUCAGAUAAAAAGAUGACAUCGAGCCGCAGGCAUCAUCUGAAGAGCUUAGUGCUCCAGAUUGCGUUUGAGCUUAUUGAAGUGGAGAAAAAGGAGGCUGUGCAGGAGAAAGCCAAUUUCAUGGCUGAGCUCCCCGCCCUGGAUUUGUCUGGAGAUCAAACGGCGCUGGUGGAAAUGCUCAAAAAGUUAGCCCAAUCCAUCGACAAGGUUGAUGAGGAAAGAUAUGACGCAGAGUCCAAGGUGACGAAGGCAGACAAGGAGAUUGAGGACUUGAGAAUGAAAGUGGUUGAGAUCCAGGGCAUGAAGAAGCCAGCUCUGAAGAAAGUGCGUAUGUCUGCUGAUGCUAUGCUCCAGGCUCUGCUGGGCACCAAGCACAAGGCUUCCAUGGAUUUCAGAGCCAACUUGAAAGAAGUGAAGAAGGAGGUCAAAGAGGAGGCAGUGGAUGCAGUCGGUGACUGGCGUAAGAACGUUGAUGAACAGGCUGGCAUGGACGGCAGGAAGAAGAAGUUUCAGGGUUAAACACAUUCAUUUUUCAGUCAUAGCCGACUUUUGUGUUUUGUCGUAUUGUGGUACAGAGACGGAUUUCUAUGACCUUGUUGUUAUGUAUCCCUGCAGGAAGAGGAUCUUUGAUUUUAAAAUGCUAUUAUUUUUUGAUACUGUAGGUUCAAAUAUGUAUUCGACACUAUGGUUUUGGAUAUCUCUCUCUCCCCUCUCCCCCACUCUCUCUCUCUCUUUUUCUCUCGCUGUCUCUCUUUCUUUCUAUUUAACUUUUCAGUGUAAUUUGCAAAUGUUUUUGGCUAUUGUAUAGUGAGGUGGAAAGGGUAAAUAUUUGUAGCUUCACCCACUCUUAACAUCACACAGCUUUCCAUCUGCAUCUGUAACAUUCACUAAAAGGAGUAUAUUCACUAACAGAAAAAUAAAAAUAAAAACAAUUUUAAAAAGCU